GUCCUUCCUUUCUUGCUUUCUAAACAUCUUUUUUUCAAUGAUUUAUCUACAAGAAAGCCCACAUCCGCUAAACAAAACUAAAUAUGGAUACAAUCGCCGUCAGUUGUCCAAAACCAUUUUUCGUGCCACAGUCAUUGUUUUGAUGUUUGUGAUUUGUUUCUUUAUUGGUCAUAAAGUACAAUGGAACUCCUUGUCCGAGCAAUUUGAUCCCAGGGACGCUGCCUUUAUUCAAUACUUUUGCACCCAGCAAGAAGCGACACAUGCUGUCGAGAACCAAAAGGCACAAUUCAUCGUUGGUUUGGAGCAUCAAAGAGCAGGUUAUCUUAAACCAGAAGUUGAGCCGGAUGAUACAAUUCCUGAAGAUGUAUGGAAGGACUUGCCUGUCAGAGGAGCCUACUACAUGGUGGUUCGAAAUGAAAAGCUGAACGAAGCAAAGGCGGUUAUAAAGUCAAUGGAAGAGCAAAUGAAAAAUGGCACACGUUAUCCAUGGGUCAUUUUAAACAAUCAGCAUUUUACCUUGGAUUUUCAAAAGUAUAUCAAACGUGUCACUAAGGCACCCGUAUUCUUUGGAAAGAUUGACCUUCACGCGUGGGAAUAUCCUUACUGGAUUGAUAUACCAAGAGCAGAGGAUAUGAUGUUGGACCAGGAUUUUGAUGAAGUGUACAACAAGGCUAAGCUGUCAUAUCAUCAGCUAUUACGUUAUCAUGCUGGGUUCUUUUUCCACCAUCCUUUACUUAGAGACGUCGAGUACACAUGGCGCGUUGAACCAGGAGCUGAUUAUAGUUGCAAAAUGGAUCAAGAUCUGUUUUUAGUCAUGAAGGAACAGGACAAGAAAUUAGGGUUUGUUAUUACCAUGAAAGAAGCACCACAGACUAUUCCAACGUUAUGGACAAGAGUGAAUGAAUUUAGGGAAAUCUAUCCUCAGCAUGUUUUAGACUUGAAUUCUACUAUUUAUCCAUGGAUCUACAGUGACCGCGAAGAUGAUUACAACUAUUGUCACUUUUGGACUAAUUUCCAGUUGGCAGAUUUAUCGUUUUUUAGAUCAGAAGCCUACCAAAAGUAUUUUGAAUAUUUAGAUAGAACUGGUAAUUUUUUCUAUGAGAGAUGGGGCGACGCGCCUGUACAAACGAUUGCCGCGGCCUUGUUUUUACGAAAGGAAGAAAUUCAUUUCUUUAAUGAAAUCGGAUAUACUCACUCAAUAGCAACCCAUUGUCCAUACGAUGAACAAUUGUUAAGAAGCUGUAGUUGUGAUGUUACUUCUAAUUAUGAUCUGUAUCAAGACAGCUGCUUAAAGAAGUUACUGAAAAUCAUCAAUCCUCAAUUACUCGACGAUAUGAAGGCAUUCCUUACUAAGAAAGACAUUUCUAUACCUGAGAUGAUAAAAAUACCACCUCAAUAAUAAACUUUC